AUGGCAACGCCGGAGUGCAGGUAAGACACCGGGACGAAAGAAGACAGUGGCUGUAAAGUGUGUGCCGGUUCUCUCAGGAAGUGUGGGAUGGUGUUUGCGGGUGCCGCCGAGCUGUCGAACCAUGACCAGAACUUCUGCGUCGAUGCGCCUGGACGGAAAGAGGAAGCUGACACGCUCUCGCCAGAGGACCGAGAAAAGGCCUUCCAGCAGCUCAAGUGCGGACGAAAUUGUAACACACUCAGUCUGAUCAAGCUUCAUAUCCCGUCUUGCAUGGCAGGGCCUACAUUGCCAGUAGGGGGCCACGGGAUGACCCGAAGAGCAAGCCAACGCUGGCAACCACGGUACAACAAAGGGCAUCGGUCACGUUCAAUUUGUGUGAGUGUUGUUUUAACUGCAGCCCUUGGAGGAGAUUGGCAAGAGGUUCAACUUGCUGCGGCCGCUAGUGCGGGACUCGGACGAUGCCAACGACAGGCUCAUGCAAGCAAGGUGUGGCCGACGGGUGGAAAACACGAAGAGAGGAGGCCGGAGGGGCCAUUGUUGAGUGUGGCGCUUUGUGUGGACUUCAGGUCUCAUGAGCUGGCGGCAAAGGUCGCGGAGGCGCGGAGUGAGCGCCAGGUGCUGGCAGAAGAGAAUGCCAAGGUCAAGCUAGGUCAGACACAGCACACGACGCAUGCAGCCCCAGAUGACACACCCAACCAUGACGCCCCUCCGCUUGUCUGUCCGUCUGAACGUGUCUGUGUCCAGUUGGACGAGGAGCUCAAGGCCACUGUGCAGCAGAUGCGGCAAAAGAAGGUCGGAGGGCCGCAGGGAUCAUCCGCCACACACAUACUUUGGUGUGGUUUGGGUGUAUGGUGCACGGAUCUCGAUCCAUCAUGAUAACAGAGAGAGGCGGUGGACGUGCAGAUGGAAAAGGAGAAACUCGAGAAAGAGCUGCAGGCACGUGACACCUAACGACACAUGAGCCAGCACACAAACGACGCCAACGGACGGAUGGCUGGUUGAAUCGAUUUGUCUGUCUAUGGGUGGUCAGCACUUGGACCAGGGCCGCCUCGCCGCGCUCACCGAAGAGGGGCGGCAGCAAGUCCAGGUGAGCAAUUGGUUGAGAGAAUACCAUAGCGGAAACAUCCAUCGAUUGGCCGGUCCACUGCUGCCUUUCCUCCUUCCUGUCUGCCCCACACAUACAGUCCCUGCAGCUAGAGCUGAGAAAGCUCAGAAGACAGGUGACAUCAAAGCAGAAACAGGAGACUACAUACACGCCCAUUCCCUCCCUCCCUCCCUCCCUCCCUCCCUCCCGGUGUGUGUUGUCAGGAUGAGCGUCUGGCAUCGCAGAUCGAGGCCGCCAAGGACCAGAUACUGCACAGGAGACAACAGUCAGUCAUUCAGCCAGGCCAGGCAACACAUCGAUCGCAUCUACCAUACCAAUGGGGUCCAUCGAUCCGUCCGUCCACCCAUGGAUGGAUGGAUGGAUGGCUACAUGGGUGCGUGGCUGUCUGCAGGUAUGAGAAGGGCAAGGAGAGGGGGUCUCAGUCGGCGCGGCUGCCCCCCACCAACCCCUUCGCCGUCGAGCAGCUCCUCAGCCUCGCCAAGCGACAGGCGGUACGUAUGUCUGUCUGUAUGUGUGUCUGUGAUAUGACACAGAGACGAGAGACGCCUACACCCGACACACACACACACACACACAGAGAGAGAGAGAGAGGACUGCAAUGCGGCUCUCUAUCAUUCAUCCAUUCAUUCAGGCGGAGGAAUCGGAGCUGGUGGCGAAGCAUCGCAAGUGAGCAUCCAUCCAUCCAUCCAUCAAGACACGCCUGUUUGUUCUCCUGCAACUCAACUCACUGACUGCCGUUGUAAUCAAUCAAUCGUCAGAUUGCAUGAGGAGAGGACAAAGCUCGAGUCGGACUGGCACGCCCUGCAGGGCCGCAAAGAAACCACUCACACAGACGCAGAGACCCCUCCGCUACACAACGAGUUCUCCCCUGACGCACUUGGUAGGUACACACACAUAUACAGGGGGUGGGGUGCUGCAUCCACCUUGCAGCAUACACACACGAGAUGCGAUGCCUGCAGCUGAGUUCGUCAAGGGUGUGGAGCAGAACCUCGAUGCCGACAGGGUGGGUGGGGUGCCUGGGCACAUCCAUCCAUCCCUAUGUCGCUUGUCGGUCUAUGGCCUGUCUUCUGCUCUGCUGCUGCCGUGCGCUCUCUCCUCAUGCAGGAGCACCUCCGUGUGCUGCAAGAGUCCUACCAGGAGACCAUCCAACACGCCAAGGCAAUCGAAGCACACCCAACGGCAGCCGCCGCCACGCAGCCACCAGGUCAGCAAAAGGCCAGCAACUAUCCACCCGAUACCGGGCAGCCCACUCUUGCCCGCAUCUCAUUGUCAGGCGCUGAGGACGAUGCCCAUCAAGAGGAGCUGCCUUCGAGCAUCCAGCGUAUUGCUGACAAUGUCGCACACACGCUCGAUAGGUCAGCAGCUACACACACGCACACACACAGAGAGAGCGAGAGACGGAGCCGCACGCAAAGCUGCCCACACGGCAGGUCCCCCGAGGCGGCCCCGCACCUCACAUCCGCUGUGCAGCAGGCACUGAGGUGAACGAACGGCUGUAUGAGACACAUGCAUAUGACACGCCAGCAGCCUGGCUGCAUGUGCAGGUCAGCCUUCGCGUGUGAGGAGGAUUCGGCCCUUUCCCCCGCCCAGCCACAGCAGGGCCCCGACACGGACGGGUCAGCUCAAUCCAUCACACACAACGACAGACAUGUCUGUCUGUCUUUGCCACUACAUCUCUCUGUCUGCACCCUUGAUGAAUCUGUACCUAUAUCAUCAGAGCGGUGCUCCGUCAGCGCAGCACUUUCGUGGACGCCGCGCCGUCCAGUGCUCGUAGCGUGGCUGGAGACAGCUCUUUGAGAGGCAAGACGCCCGGGUUUGGGGGCGAGUCCGCCUCAGACAUACACCGGGAUGAUCGGCCGCCAUCGCAGGCGUCACACAACAGCAGCGAUAUCGUGGAGCGAUACAUCAAGUGACCACCUGCCCCUGGAGAAAGAAUGAGACAUAUGGAAACAUAGAUGUCUGUUUGUUGUUUGUAGGGAGGGUGGUUGUGACCCGGCUGUGUUGCAGCACCUGAUCGGCCUCCGGGACUCCCCAGGCAAACCCCUCUCUCUCCCCCCAGCCCCAGCCCAACCAGCGGCACCAGCACAACCACCAGCAGCGGGUGUGUCGCCUUUGUCUGCGGCCGAGGAGGACAUAUUGCGUCGUCAGCAGCAUGAGGCACUGCAGCUGCAGCAAAGGCUCCACGCCAUGCAGAGCGAGAUGCGCACACUCGACGCGCACGCCUACUCACCUCCCGCCCCUCGCACACCCCCGCCAUGGUGGGCCGGGGGGGCGCUGCCGCCGUACCCCUACCCUCCGCCAGUGGCUUUCCCGGCUGAUGCCACACCUCCACCCGCACAGGCACCUGCCGCCCCCGCCACGCGUGGGCAUGCUGAGACGCGUUGAAUAGUGAUUGAUGUGCGAUUGUCUGUCUGUCUGUCUGUCGUGAGCGUGCAGGUGAGGAGAAGGCCAAAGCAGAGCAGGCGGAGACGGGGGCGAGCGGUACUGGUAGUGGUGGUGGUGGUGAUGACAGCGGUACGGCGAUGCUGCGUCAGCUGGUGGAGCAGGAGCGGAUGCAGCUGGAGGCGCUGAUGCGCCUGCCGCCCGACUCUGACCUCUACGCCCUCAGACACAAACACUUCCAGGAGAUGACCGGUCUUAGAUGUGAAAUCGAAAAGACCCUACAGGAAAAGACACUGGAAGAGGUACGUACCAAUGUCAUGACCAGAGCAGAAUGUGUGUGUGUGUGUGUGUGUGUGUCAGCUGCGUUUGGACCGUGACAGGGCCAUUGAGGCGCGUCGUCGUCAGGAGAGGGAGGAGGCGUGGCUGGAAGAGCAGAAGAGGACACUCAUCGAGCUUGAGGUCAAGAAGCGACUCGCAAGGGAGGGCGAACGGCCCGCCACGCCUCCGCCAGAAGACCAGCCCUACGACCCCUCAAAGGGAUUCUACAUCUACUGGGACUUCAUCGAAGCGCUCCCACUCAGGCAAUCCAUCCAUCCAUCCAUCCACUCGCAGUGUGAUGACGAUGCUGUGUCUCCCUCCCUCUCUCCCUCCUUCUGUGCGCAGGUUCAAUCGGUGCCGAAUCGCCUACGCCUUCUAUGACGGCCCCUCAGCUCUCUCGAGCGUCAAGGCCACCCACACCGAGACCGCCCUCAGCAUCGGCUCGGCACUCAGAGUCACAUUCGCCUCCUCCCGCCUCCUCACCCUCCUUCCCGGCGCACCUAACGCGCGCCUCGUCCUGGAGGUCCAGUUCGAGCCGCAGACUGCCAAAGACACAUCGGAGACCAGCCCUCGAGACGAAAAGGACGAUGCUGCGAACACCCCCACGGCCGCACAGGUGGUGCCAGUGGGGUGGACAGCCGUGGAAGUGUUUGAUGGCGCCGGGCGGCUGCGGGCAGGGAGAUACCAGUGCCCGGUCCUUCGGCCGCCUCCCCUGGUGGCGGCGCCGUCACCGGUCCUGGCGGGGGUGGAGCGGAUCGCUGACGGCUGCCGGGUGUUCAUGCGGAUCGGGUAUGUGGACCGGCACAUCCAGGACACCCGCUGGAAGAUCGACGCCACGGCAUAUAUGCAGGCCACGGGCAUGGCCCUCAACGACGAGUAUGCCAUCCCAUCCAUCCUACAGAACGGUCAAGAGGCCGAUGAGGAGAGGGCGCGGCGACGGAAGAUGGCGAAACGACAGGACAGGGCUGAGAGGGAGGAGAGGAGGCGGCAAAGGCAGCGACAGCCGCCCCAGCUACGGCGAGAGCGAGAGGCAGAGAGGGAGUCCUUCGACGACACCUCCCCACGGCACCAGCGGCAGCCGAAGCGGCAGCCGAGAGAGGAGCCAAAGCUCGGCAUCGGCGUGCAUGUCGUCUCACUGGAGGACCUGGCCCUCCCUCCCGACACCCUGGCCAAGCUCAGCCCAUCUGCCGUGCCUCCCUCGCCCAGUGAGGUGUUGAUGCAGGUGCUCUGCGGCCUCUACAGCCACGCAGACGGCAGUCUGCUCAAACAUGAGACGGAGCAAGCUGAGCUGUGGCCAGCGUCUUUUGCAACGAAGCCGCAGAGGAGCAAUGCUCAAGCGAUCAAACAAGGCGGCGAAGACAAGAAGAGAGACGGCGCCAAGGAAGCUGAGAGGCCGAUGAGCGUCACCUAUAGAGACGGCCGGGUGUUCCACAGCCCCAAGACGCCCCCCGACAGAGCACCAGGAGACCGCCGGCUGUCUGAACGGUCGCUGGCGUCCUCAUCUCUGGUGGAUGACAACUCUGAGUCUGUAGACACCGAGGAGGACGCCAAUGCAGUCAUGGACAGCGAGCGGGACAGGAGGAGCAACGAGAGUGGGGCCUCCUCUGACAGGCGGCAGAGGCGCUCCUCAAAAGUACCGGCGGUCGAUGGCCUGUGGUGGCCUGAGUGUGUGUGGGUGGUCCUCAAGGUCAUCGCCCGUGUCUCGGAUGAGCAGCACACGCUUAGGUCCACCCCACCCUCUUCUGCGGAGCAGUGUGUCGUUGCGUGGACAGCUGCAUGGUGAGACACAGCGAGAGAUAUAGAGAGAGACUCUGCCAACCAUAGAUCUCCUCCCUCACAUGUCUGUCUCCUCGAUUGUCUGUUUGUUUGUCUGUCAGUGUUCCCCGUGUGGCCAGCCUGACUCGGCAGGACCUGUCGCUGCCCCUCUUCUGGCCGCCCGCCCAGUACCCCCCCUACCCGCCCCAGGGCCCCACCGACGCCAUGGCUUUCCCCCUGCAGACCAUCGACCAGUUCCUAGCCAUCGAUGGCAGCACGCUCAAAGUCAUCCUGUACCACCCCUCGCUGCACCAGCACAUACACGGGGAGGCUGAGGCGGCCAUGGCCAAGGAGACGCCCCUCGAGCGGCCGCUGAGUCCUGUGAGUGAGGAGAAGGAGAGGGAGUCAGAGAAAGAGCUGCAGCUGUUUGUGGCGCAUGAGGCGGUCCCCAAUGACGAGGUGACAAACAAGGGCACAGGGAGACGACACAAAGAGCGUGUAGACUAUCUAUCUGUGUGACGAUGGGAUGGGAUGUCUUCAGCUGUAUGAUCCCGAGACGGACGGCUUCGACAUCUACAUGGAUCAGGUAGGUUGGUUGAGAGGAAUUGUUUUCAUCGCUCUGGUGAUAGUUGGUGUCUGUCUCGCCCUCUCCGCCAUCCGUCUUCUGCUCAUCGCCGGCCUCCUGUCGCGAUCUACAUGGAUCAGAUCCGUUUCCCCCCUGAAGCGGCCCUUGCAUGCCGCGUGGUCCUGCGGGUGAUAUCCUCCUCCUUCUCGCCCAUCCUUGAUGCCAUGGGCGGAAUCUCCUCCCUCUCCUCACACCGCAUCAUCCACCGGCUCGACCCGCCUCUCUACAUGGACUACAGAAAGGGCCCCAUCGACCCCACAGCACUUCUCAUGAUCCGUGUCGACUGUCUGGACCGCUUCCUCAUCCAUGACGCCCUGCGCAAGACGGAGGGGGAGGGGCACACGAAUGUGUCGCCCUUUGUGGCGGUCAACAGCGAGGCGGAGAGGGAGGAGGAGAGGGAUGUGGAGGGGCCGGGAGCGCCCUGCCGCUUCACCUGGGGGUUUGCCGUCUUGCCACUGUUCGUCAAGCAGCGUGCGAGCGGCGGGGGGCAGCCUGACCACCCUACGGAGCAGUCCUUCUGUCUGAACGAGGGAGCCUUCCAGCUGGGGCUGUCUCUUUCGCCUUAUCCCAAGUAUUCACCCGAGCACCGAUCCGUUAACGCAACAUCGCUCGACGACAAGCCGAAGGUCAGGCUCACGGAGGGGCCCAUCCCUUCCUUGAUCCCUCUAUCCGUCUGCCUCUGUGAUCAGGUGCCCUGCGCGUCCGUCCUCAUUCGUGUGGUCUCUGCGCCCAAGUCACCGGACGGCCUCAAGCUCUACCGCCGCAGCAAUGUCGACCCAUCCGAGUGGCCCCACAUGGGCCUGCAGGCCGACCCCCCUCAAUACGAGGACGCCGUGUACGACACCACACGCUUCGUUCCCUCACCAGACGAGCACAAACUCUUCGACAAGUACACUCCUCUACUGAGAGAGCUGGAAGCGCAUCAACAAGAACAAGACCACGAUGAGGGAGAUGACGAUCCGCAGGGAGUCCCGGCAGACAACGAACAGCCGAUGAGUGAGGCCGAUGCGGGCGGGGGCGAGGAUGCUGCUGCGUCAAGCUCUAGUGCUCGGUCUGAAGACCAGAUGGAGGGUGAGGGUGACAAGUGGAGCGUGGAGAGCGGCUCGCAGGGUGCGGCCGGUGAGCCCCAGGGGCGGCAGCGGCCAGCUGAGCCCAUGAAGCACAUGACUCUUCUCGACGAGCUGCUGAGGCUGAGGCGCCGCUUCCCUCGCGAGACGGGCACCAUCUCCAGCCCCAACAGACAGGCGGCCAUGAGUGAGCGAGCCCUCAAGCACUGGCUCAGGUCAGCCAGCCACACAUAUAAGGCAGGGACAGCCCCAGUGACCGGGCGUCAUGUCAUCUAUUGCAGGGUUCAGUUCGGUUCGCCCAAUCUGCAGGAGAUGCGUCUGCUCAAUGACCAGCACGUCCUGCCAUACGACAAGACUGUGGGCUUCAGGGUCAACAUCGACUGUGUGCACGGCUUCCGCAAAGACGCACCCCUAGUCGUGCUCCACUCCCUGUUCCCACCUGGAGGCCUCUAUGAGGUGGGGAUGGCUGGCGUGGCGGGGUGCCAGACGGUGGGGUGGAUGACAGAGGGUCGCUUGUUGUAAGUGUGUCUGUGUGUGUGCAGGAGACGCCGCUGCUGGAGGACACGCACUUUACGACUCGCCGGGACUUCUCGUUCUCGAUCAGGUCGCCGCGAUUCGUCACACAGUGGACCAAAUACAAACCAUCCAAGUAAGUAACUGGCUGACGACAGACCGACCAACAAGAAGAAUGUGGCAGGGCAGGCACGUGUGUGUGUGUGUGUGUGUGUGUGCGUGUGAUGCGCAUCACACAUAGGAUGUCCCGGUACUCGACUUUGAUAGUGGAUGUGCGGUGGCUGAACGUGAAGGCGAGCCGGUCUGAGGGUCUCUUCCCGUGGGGGUGGUUCGUCAUCCCCCUCUUCGACAACCACGGCUUCCUCAUGAGCAACUGCUACCAAGUGCCGCUGUUUCAGGCACGCACAAGAGACACAGCACAGUGCUGUCAGACAGGAUCCUAUCUAUGAGUCUACCUACCCUCAUCAGGGCGCCGUGUCUCAAGACGCCUUGAGCGAGCUGAAAGAGACCAUGAUCAAGCACGAGCAGCUGCAGCAGCAGCAGCCGCAGCCCUCCGCCCCCACAUCGACCGCCCAGCUGCCAUCGAUCCGCAAGUUGAUGGACAAGUGGCUGCAGUACAACUGGGCGGACGAGAGGAAAGUCGCCAAGUGGGACAAAUGGUCGUCCGUCUUCGUGCGCCUCGUCGACGGACAGCUGGAGCACGACAGACGCUACUCGCGGCCUGGAUACCAGCUGAUGGCUGAGAGGCUCGAUCGGUCCUUCCUGCCGUAUGGCCGGAGCGGGAGCUAUGCCUAUGACGCUAAGAAGAUACCCAAGAGGACGCUGAAUCUGGUGACACUGAAGGGAGGUUGUCUCAUGCAUGUGAGUGUGUCAUUCCAUUCACGGGUACGUCUCUGUGUGUGCAGCUGACGCCCCGAGGCGAGACGAAUGAGGAGUACGAGCGGAGAAUGAACGAGCAGACGCAGAAGGCCACAGGCAUCACCAGAUACGCUUUCUGA